AUGAAGUAUCCAUAGGAUACUACUGAGUUUAUGUUGGUCUCCAGAUAAUAUAUGAAGUGGAUCUCCUUCAAAAGCCUGCAAACUAAAGGUUGUAAGGAAUGUUCCCGUCAUACCUCAACCUAGACAACCAGUGGGUGAUUAGUCAGAGACAUGAUGGAGAGGAUGUGUGGAAUUCUGGACCAGUUCCACAGAGCUGGCCUCAGUUCUGUCCCCCUCAGUCCACCAGCACCACCCAUCUAUCCCGUUCUCAGUGUCCCUACAGUGGAGCCUACAUUAAACCACCUGUGUGGCCCCAGUCCCAAAACCCAUGGAAGUGUUGCCAAGAUGCUGGAAUAUAACUGGUACGGACAGGUACAGAGCCACUUGGAGAACUCCAAGUUCCACCUCCACCAGAGCCAGAAUCAGCAGGUUAAGCAGUACCUGACACUCGGCUCCAAGCUGGCCUCCUCGGCCGGGCAGGGCCACACUAUGCCACAUCCACACACCCCUGGCCAGCCGAUGGCCACUGUGCCAAUCGUGAGGAACGGACACAUGCCUUCUGUCAGCGACAGCAGCAAUCCCAACAGCCCUGUUACCCUGCUCAAUAUGGCCAACCAUGACAGUGAGUUUCCAAUGGAUGAAGUUAUUGAUGACCUUAUUAGUCUUGAGUCCGGUUUCAAUGAUGGAGGCUUGGAUUGCAUGGAGCCUAACAUCAUAAUGCAAAACAAUGUGUCCCUCAGUAGGAGCAUGCUGGACGUGUAUGGGGGUGAACAAGGUAUGAACGCCCCUAAUGGUGGAAUGAGUCCAUCCACAUCUAACCACACAAAGCUCACUGUUAAAAGGGAAUACACAGAACACGACACAAGGGUGAUGGCCAAAGAGAGGCAGAAAAAAGACAACCAUAAUCUGAUUGAAAGAAGGCGAAGAUACAACAUUAACUACAGGAUUAAAGAGCUGGGGACACUCAUACCAAAGUCCAAUGACCCUGACAUGCGCUGGAACAAAGGCACUAUCCUUAAGGCCUCUGUGGAGUACAUAAGGUGGCUGCAGAAGGAGCAGCAGCACGCACGAGAGCUCGAGAGCCGUCAGAAGAAGCUGGAGCAAGCUAACAGGAGACUUCUGCUGAGGAUCCAGGAGCUUGAGAUCCAAGCACGAGCACAUGGCCUUCCAAGCAUGGCUACAGCCCUCGGGACAGUCGAACUCUCCUCCCACCUCCUUAAACAACAGCAGCAACAACAACAGCAACAGCAGCAACAGCAGCAGCAACAGCAACUGUCUCCACAAGCUCAGCAGCCCCAGCAGCCACCCCUCUACCAGGAGGACCCCAACAGCGACUACCUCCAGAGGAUAGCAGUGGUGGCGACUGUGCCGUCCAUCUCUGCUUCUGCUGGGCCGCAGGACCACAUCUCCAACACUGAUGGUUGCAUCACAUUCUCCGACCCACUGUCCCACUUCACAGACUUCUUCAGUGCCACUCUCAAAGAGGAGCACCGGCUGGAUGAGAUUCUGAUAGAUGACCCACUUUCGCCGUUUGGAACUGACCCACUCCUGUCAGCCGGUUCACCUGGAGCCGCAUCCAAAGACAGCAGUCGCAGGAGCAGCUUCAGCUCUGCCGAGGGUGAUGAUCUAUAAUGGGUGCCCUCUCAAGUAACAUACUCUUGUAAUCUUGAAAUGACAAAGAAGCUUUCCUCCUUAUUGGUCGUAGCUGACAAAGUCUGAACUCUACAAACCUAAAACCUUACAUUCUUCAAAGUUCGCAGGGAAAGAGACAGCCACUGACUUCCUUCAUCUGUUUUCUUUUUUAUGUUAGUAUAGAUGAUCAGUGUGUUUCUCUGCCUCCCGGACAGACGAGAAACAGACUCAUGGGAAAAAGGGAGACAUUUAUUGGCCUUAAAAUUAAUGAUGUACAUACCAGUUUCUUUUAUCUUUUUCUGGGUAGCUAUACACUGUAACAUAUGCAAAGGUAUCACUGUAAGCCUGACACAACUGUGCUUUUUCAAGUAAAAAACUUAAAUACUACUGCUGUACUGCUGUUUCAAAGAGUUGCAGUUGGACUUGUGUGAUGUGCCUUAUUCAAACAUGACUGGUCCCAGUUUUAUUGUAAAAAGUUAUGAACAUGUUACUGAUGUAUUUACCACCAUGCCUAACAUGCCCUUAGUCAUGUCUGAGUCUUUGAGUGUUUUUGUAUUUAUAUAUGUUUUAAUCCAUGUAUUCAUAAAAAAGAUAUCUAUUGUUACCUAACACAUUUUGUUUUUUUUAUUCUUAGUAGGGGUGGGAAAAAAAUAUAAUAAACCCCUUUUUUGAUAAAAAAAAAAAAAAA